UGUACGUCUACUUUGUUUCCGAUUUAGUUUUGCAUCGUAAUUUCUCUUACACAUUUCUCUUUUUUGUAAAAAGUGUAUUUGCAUGCAAUCAUUGACUAUACAAAGCUACUUUGAUAAUUUUAAUAAGUUUUUCUUAAUUCCCGAUUUUUCUGUGCAACAGAAAAAUAAAAUGUCCGAGAAACAGUGUGAGAAGGUAAAUACAAAAUCCAAUAAAACUUCUAUCAAAACUAAAAAUGACGCAAAUAUACUAUCAAAUGAACAUUUGCAAAAUGAAACAUUAUUAAAAGAUUUUAAGAAAAAAAACAUUAAAAACAAAAAGCAAUUAGAUUUUUUAGAAACUAAAUCUAAAAAUAGAAAAAAGUUUCUUAUAGAGAAAAAGUUAAGAAAAAUUGAUCCAGAGAGGAAGAAGGUGAAUUCAACGUUAACAAAGAAACAUUGUCAAAAAAAGAAAAAAAUCAAACAUGCUAGUAACCAAUCAUUAGAUACAUUAACGUCAACUAAUAAUGCAGAUGAAAUUCCAAAAUUAAAUAUUCGACAAAUGGAGAUCGAAUCACUUAAUAAUUUGAUUACAAAUGUAAAUCAAGAACAGCAAAAUAAGAAUAUCAACUGUUUACCUACUUUUGAUGAUUGCAAUUUGCCCUCAACACAUCAACAAGUAACAGUAGAGCAGGGUCAUAAUGUUGAAGAUGUAAAAAACAACAAAAAAUAUAAAACGAAAAAUAAGAUUAUCGAUUCUGAAUCACUUGAAAUUGAUAAGAUUAUUGAGAACUUGUCAUCAUACAAAAUACCUGUAGAAUCAAAUUGUCGACAUAUUUUCGCUUCAUCUGAUGCACAAUUGCGUAGUGGCGAUGAAAUGGAAUCAAUUGUUUUUGUAUGUGUAUUGUGUGGAGAAUCUAAAGACUACUAUCGAUAAAUUAUUAUUAUAAGAAUUGCUAGACUGAUUUAUAUUUAAUUAUUCGCAAAUAACUUUUGGGAUAAAAUGGGUCACAAAUUGUAUCUAGAAAAAAUAAAUUAUUAAGGCGGCAAAAAUAUUUUCGUCACAUAGCAGUAAAGAUGUACAACUGGUUUGAAGUAGUUCAAUGACUCAUACAGUUUACAUGCGGGAUAAUGUACUCGAACAAAAUAAAUACAUAAUAUAAAUUAACCAAAUGUAUAUUAUUGCAAAACAGCUUAGUAAGCAAAAAAGAGUCACUGCCCUAACAAUUAAAAAGGUGGAUAGAAAUGAAAAAAAAGUCUUUCCAUUUCAAUCCUGUUUCUGAAUCCAGAAUUUUCAAGAGUUUCUUUAAGAUUCUAUUAAAUAGGUUUAAUAGAAAGUUUAUUAAAACU